CAGAAAUCAAGUAGAACAGACUUGCAUAGCAUAUUGUCUUGUGUCUUGUGUCUCGUGCGUCCGCGUUCUUCGUCUCGUUUAUAAAAAUCUCUGUUCUCGCGGUCGUCCGUCGUCGCUCGGUCUUUUCUCCGACUAUACUGUUUUUGUUCUAAAACAAUAUCUCAUGAUAAGUUUUAAAUUUAGUUAGCAUCCGUAAGUUAAGAAGAAAAGUUCUUAAAUUUUAAUUGUGAGCUUAAUGUUUUAAACAAAUUAAAAAUGAAAUUACUGCUGAAGAGAUAUUUUUUGUUGAUAAUAUUUUUGGUGCAAAUUUUAAUAAAUUCAAGUUUGGGGAUAUUUUUACCAAGAUCGGGAGAUCCAUAUGAAAGUAUAUUGCAAUUGGGAAUACACAACUAUGUUGAACAAGCUCAACCGGUCGAAGUACCAGUGAACAAUGCAGCAUUUGAUUUCAUCAUUGUCGGAGCUGGACCAGCGGGCUGUGUCCUAGCCAAUCGACUUUCGGAAAAUCCAAAUUGGACUGUUUAUCUGAUCGAAGCAGGUGGAACUGAAAACAUUGCCCAUUCCAUGCCUGUGAUGGCAGCAUUUCUUCAAGGAACACAUUCCAAUUGGAAUUACAAGUCAACUCCUCAGAAGCGAUCCUGUUUUGGUAUGAGGAACAAUGAGUGUUUCUUGCCACAUGGAAAAGUUAUAGGUGGAUCAAGUUCGAUCAAUUAUAUGAUUUACAAUCGUGGAAAUCGACGAGACUACGAUCGGUGGGCAGAAGCGGGAAAUGUAGGCUGGUCGUACAACGAAGUGCUGCCGUAUUUCCUGCGCUCGGAAAUGUCAAGCCUAAGGGGUUUGGAAGAUUCACCAUACCACAAUCAAUCUGGACUGCUUAGCGUUGAAGAUGUCAAAUAUCGUUCGCCAAUGGUUCAUGCGUUUGUGUUGGGCAGUCAGCAAGCCGGCCACAAAUACACCGACUACAAUGGCGAAACUCAACUGGGAGUGUCCUAUGUCCAGGCUACAACUCUACGAGGUCGCAGGCACAGUGCUGCUAAAUCAUUCAUAGACCCCAUUCGAUAUCAGAGGAAAAACUUACAUGUUAUCACUCUGGCUAAGGUAACCAAAGUACUCAUCGAUCCUAAGACCAAAUCGGCAUACGGAGUAGACUUCAUCCAUAGACGUAAGAAGUACACGAUACGAGCUAGGAAAGAGGUGAUUUUGUCAGCUGGAUCGUUUAACUCACCACAAUUACUUAUGCUCUCGGGUAUCGGACCCAAAGAUAAUCUCGAGGCAGUUGGAAUUCCACAGAUUCAAAAUUUGCCAGUAGGCCAAAGGCUCUAUGAUCACAUGUGCCAUUUUGGACCAACAUUCACAACCAACGCAACCGGAGCAACACUCUUCGCCAAUCGCAUAACACUAAAAGACGUUACUCAGUGGAUAUCUGGUAGCCCAAAGACAAGAAUCUCUACUAUCGGAGGUGUAGAGUCGUUGGCAUUUAUUAAGACCCCCAACUCAAAAGAACCAGCUGAUUUUCCCGAUGCUGAAAUAAUAAUGGUAUCGGGUAGCUUAGCAUCCGACGGCGGUACUGGACUCAAAGAAGGUGCCAAUUUCCGCGACGAUCUAUACAAUAAGGUCUACAGACCCUUAGAGAAUCGAGAGCACUUUUCGUUCCUUGUCAUGCAUUUCCAUCCAAAAUCGAUUGGUCGACUCUGGUUGGAAGAUCGGAAUCCAUUGAAUUGGCCAAAGAUUGAUCCGAAAUAUUUCAAAGAAGAAGAAGACGUUGAAUUCCUUUUGGAAGGCAUCAAAGAGUCUAUAAGAAUAACACAAACUCCUGCAAUGCAAAAGAUUGGCACUGAACUGUAUACAGAAAGUGUACCAGGCUGUGAACAUUUGGAAUUCGGAACCGAUGACUAUUGGAGAUGUUCAAUAAGGACUUUAUCCUAUACGCUGCAUCAUCAGGUCGCUACUUGUAAGAUGGGCCCAUCUUCAGAUCCAACGACGGUUGUUAAUCCACAAUUGAAAGUGCACGGUAUUAGGAGACUACGAGUGGCAGAUACUGGUAUAAUACCGUUUCCACCAACGGCGCAUACGAAUGCGGCUUCGUUUAUGAUUGGAGAGAAGGCAGCUGAUAUGAUACGAAAUGAAUGGAUGGAAAUGGUACAGUGAAUGUGAAGAAUUAUUGUGAAAUAAAAUGCAAGAUUGUGAUUAUU